GCUCAGUCGCGGCGCGCGGUUCCGCAGGUGGCAGCGAUGGCCCAGUCCUGAGCGCCCCGCCAUGGCCGGCGCCCCCAGCCCGCUGCGCCUGGCGCUCCUGCUGCUCGGGGCGGUGGGCAGGGCUGGCCCCCGCCCCCAGGGCGCCACCGUGUCCCUCUCUGAGACGGUGCAGAAAUGGCGAGAGUACCGUCGCCAGUGCCAGCGCUUCUUGACGGAGGCUCCACCUCCGGCCACAGGCCUCUUCUGCAACCGGACUUUUGAUGACUAUGCUUGCUGGCCAGACGGGCCCCCAGGUUCCUUUGUGAAUGUCAGCUGCCCCUGGUACCUGCCUUGGGCCAGCAGUGUGCCGCAGGGCCAUGUGUACCGGUUCUGCACAGCGGAGGGCCUCUGGCUGCACAAGGACAAUUCCAGCCAGCCGUGGAGGGACCUGUCGGAGUGCGAGGAGUCCAAGCGAGGGGAGAAAAGCUCCCCGGAGGAGCAGCUCCUGUCCCUUUACGUCAUCUACACGGUGGGCUAUGCGCUCUCCUUCUCGGCCCUGGUCAUCGCCUCCGCCAUCCUCCUCAGCUUCAGACACCUGCACUGCACCCGGAACUACAUCCACCUGAACCUGUUUGCAUCCUUCAUCCUGCGAGCGCUGUCCGUCUUCAUCAAGGACGCGGCCCUCAAGUGGAUGUACAGCACAGCCGCCCAGCAGCACCAGUGGGACGGACUCCUCUCCUACCAGGACUCUCUGGGCUGCCGCCUGGUGUUCCUACUCAUGCAGUACUGCGUGGCGGCCAACUACUACUGGCUGCUGGUGGAGGGCGUCUACCUGUACACCCUGCUGGCCUUCUCCGUCUUCUCGGAGCAGCGCAUCUUCAAGGUCUACCUGAGCGUAGGCUGGGGUGUUCCCCUGCUGUUUGUCAUCCCCUGGGGCAUCGUCAAGUACCUCUAUGAGGACGAGGGCUGCUGGACCAGGAACUCCAACAUGAACUACUGGCUCAUUAUCCGACUGCCCAUUCUUUUUGCCAUUGGGGUCAACUUCUUCAUCUUUGUCCGGGUCAUCUGCAUCGUGGUGUCCAAACUGAAGGCCAAUCUCAUGUGCAAGACAGACAUCAAAUGCAGACUUGCCAAGUCCACACUGACGCUCAUCCCCCUGCUGGGGACCCACGAGGUCAUCUUUGCCUUCGUGAUGGACGAACAUGCCCGGGGAACCCUGCGCUUCAUCAAGCUGUUCACAGAGCUGUCCUUCACCUCUUUCCAGGGGCUGAUGGUGGCCAUCUUAUACUGCUUUGUCAACAGCGAGGUCCAGAUGGAGUUUCGGAAGAGCUGGGAGCGCUGGCGGCUCGAGCAUUUGCACAUCCAGAGGGACAGCAGCAUGAAGCCCCUCAAGUGUCCCACCAGCAGCCUGAGCAGCGGGGCCACGGUGGGCAGCAGUGUGUAUGCAGCCACCUGCCAGGCCUCCUGCAGCUGAGACCCCGCACCGCCCCUCCUGGGGUCCACGCUGCCCGCUGGAUCAUUACAGGUGGGAGAGACCCUCCCAGGGACAGGGGAAGGGA